CUUCCCAUGGUCGCCAGGUCAUUAUUAUUAUAUAUGAUAUACGGAGACAGGGAACUGUCAACCUCUUAUUGUGUUAUACCGCUACUAUCAUUAACCGCCUAUACGAUUUGACCCGCCAAACAUCAUUAUUUAAUAUUCUUAUCUUCAUUACUUCCCCCUUCACUCUACCACUGAGCCGCCAAGCAUCGUUAUCAUAGCCUCAGCCGCCCGGACGGUUCUAUAUUCUAGGCCGUUCAAGUAUCGGUUCUAGAUGGCUUCACGCAGUAUGGACGAGGGCGGGGUUGCCGCCAUUGGCCCCAGCUCUACCUUCUUCAAGAAGUUUGACGACUAUCCCUGGACCCGCGAUCGCGCGUUCUUGCAACGACUGGUCGCCAUGCUCGGCCCCGUGAAGACCAACGGCAACGCGGCUAACAAGGAGAGGGCCCUGGGAAUCACGCUGCAGGCCCGUAUCUGGUGGUACCAGAGCCGCUUUGGCGUCUCCAUUGACCGCGCCGCGUACGAGGCGUACGAGCUUUUUGAAGCCUUGUCUUCGGGACCAGAUGCCGCCAUUAUCGCCAAAAUCGAGGACAUCCAGCAACGCAUGGGCCAGGGAGGCGCUCUUCCGCCCAGCCCUGCGCAGGCCAUGGGCAAUCUUCCCGCCUGGCAGACCCAGGCUUUCCAGAAAGUCGAUCUCGGCAAAAAGGCUGACGACGGCGUGAGUGGCAGCCGCCCCGACGGUGGCGCCCCGUAUCCUGCCAACUUCCAGUCCAUCAUUGAGGCUGUCACCACUGGUAAACCAGUUCCUAGAGUCCGUGAGAUUCCCAACACGGUUGUUCGGCAGGAGGGAGUCUACCCUAUCGGCAAGAUGAAGCCGCCUCUGAAGCCUUGGGAGAAAGCAAAGGGGGUGACCACGCCUGUCAAGCCUAGACAGAAUGUCAUCGACCAGGAGUUUCCCCCGGUGUGA